GAUAAAUAGACAUGUGACACAACAGGUUUAAUAUUUGGGUAAUAUCAUGUUUAAAAAAAAUGUGUGUCACCGAAAAUGAAAAGGUUGUAUACUAUACAUUUGUUUCAACUGAAUGCUGGAGUUUAUCACUUUAAACAAUGCUUCCGUAGCGGAUAGAAGUAGUAUUUGUUAAAAGAAAGUUAAACUUGUUUGAAAUAGAUAGGACAAAAUACUAAUAAGGGUAGCAUUUAGUAUCACAUAUUGUUAAGUAGUGUGUAUACGCUGUUCAGUGCAUUUGUACUUAAGUUUCGUAAAGCAGUACCGUAUAAGCAGGAACGGUCGGGACGAUGUCGUUUGGGAAGCAGCCGGAAUGCGGAAUCGGUGCGUGUAAACCGAAAGGUAUGCGGAAAUUCGCAACAGUGAACUGGUUCACUGGUAUAUACAGUGUUACAGGACUGCUGACGGCAUCAUUGUCUAUGUACAUAGUAUCACAAGUAUCAACUAUAGAGAAACAGUUUGGCUUGAGCAGCACUAAAACAGGUUACUUAAUGGCAUGCAAUGACAUUGGUUAUUCCGUAUGCAUACUUAUUGCAAGUUAUUUUGCAAAUCGGGUGCAUAUUCCACGAAUGUUGUGCAUGUCUACAAUCCUGUAUGGUCUCUCAGGGAUACUUUGUUCCGUACCACAUUUCUUAUUCAAACCAGCUCCACUUUCUACUGAUAUAGAUGGUAUUCAAAUAAAAAUCAAUUUGCCAAGUCUGAACCUAUGUAAGAAUUCUUCAGAGUUUGAAACUCCCGCCAUACAGAGGACCAGUAAUAUGUCAGUGUUGUUAGAGAGCGCAGAGAUCGAGGCAGACAACACGGCUAGAGAUGUGACAAUGGCUUUAAUUGCUAUCGGCAUGAUUAUCCAAGGUAUCGGCAAGGCACCUAGAUACCCUAUGCUCGGUCAGUUUCUAGAUGACAAUACGAAGGAGAAUGAAACAGGGUAUUAUUUAGGAAUAAUAACCAGCGUAGCUAUAUUCGGGCCGGCAAUCGCGUACGGACUUGGAGGCUUUUUCAGCCAGCUUUAUGUCACUUUAGAAGAUGUUGAUUUGCACCCGCAUGAUCCGCGUUGGUUGGGCGCUUGGUGGCUCGGAUUUCUUGCGUUUGGCGUUGCUGCUGUCUUAUGUGCGUUGCCGUUAUUUUUCUUUCCAUCAAGUCUUAAACCAUCGACAAUAGCUAAAAGCAGGACUCCUGGGAAUUCGUCUAAAUCAGGAAAAAUCUUCGGAUCAUUUUGCCGGGAAAUUUUAGGGGUGUUCAAGAGUAUUUUCAAAGUACUGAGUGUCCCAGCGUACACAAUAAUGCUAAUAGCAACUUUUUGCAACGUACUUGGAGUCAGUUCAGUGUUUUCGUUUGGUCCCAAAUACAUGGAGAACAUGUACAACAUUCCCGCUUGGAAAGCAAACAUCAUUCUCGCUGGUCUUGGAAUUCCCUCUGUGUGCCUUGGCACAUUCGUCGGCGGGGUAGCCACAAAGAAACUAAAGUUGAAUCCACUGAAGUGCAUAAUGCUCAUAUUAUCAACACAGAUACCGACAUUUGGGAUACAACUCAUAACCAUGUUUCUUGGCUGUGAUAAUCCUAAAAUAAACGACUGGCCGGACACAACGUCUACAGACUUACCCAGUGCAUGUUCAAGUGACUGUGCCUGUGGGAAUACAUUUCUACCCGUAUGUGAUUCAGAAGGAAUAAAUUAUUUUUCACCUUGCCACGCAGGAUGUUCUCAGGGAUCUCUUAUGAAAUUUACCAACUGUACAUGUGUACCAAAUGGUGAAGUAACGACAGGACUAUGUCAGUUUGACUGCGAUAUGCUAUGGCCGUUUAUGAUCGUGUCUUUUAUUGGAAGUUUCCUUUCUUCUUGUCUUAUGAUGCCAACAUUUGUCUUUAUUAUUAAAGUUGUACCAAAUGAAAUAAAGUCGAUGGCCAUUGGUCUGUCUGCUCUUUCGAUGUCGUUAUUUGCAUGGUUGCCUGGGCCGGUUAUUGGCGGGAAAUUAGUUGACCAUGCGUGUUUGCUAUGGUCAAACGGAGAUUCCGGUUCGUGCACUUUCUACAAUUUAGACACACUCCGCUAUAACGUGUUUGGGUGGUCCGUGGCCUGCAGAACUGUCGCAAUCUUAGUUCUUGUGCUGUUGUUACGCAUUACGUGGAAUAUGAGAGAAUGGCCAAAUAACGACGAUAAACAGUCUUUAGAUUUUAUUGUUGAAUCAAAACAUAAAAUGAAACCAGGAGCGUUGAUUGACAAAACGUCUUAUCAAGUGAAGUCAUCUGUGUAAUGUGUGAUAACCGUCCGACUUUACUUGUUUUGCUCAAAGCUGACCUAUUGACAUACAUGGUAAAUAGGUUUUUUUUUGCCGUAAGACGUUAUAAGACAUUGGAAGAGAAAAAUACACUUCCAGCGACAGUGACAAAAACAGAAAUGGCACAUUGUUGAACCAUUAUAAACAGUUUAUAUCAGGCAUUAAAUGCUUACAAUUUCCUUAGUUAUUAAUACAUGUACAAAACUUAAUUGUUAUUUCAAAUUAAUGAACUGUUCUUGAUAUUCUUGCCACAUGUAUUUAAGCGAGAUUCACCUAUAACAUUAUAAACAUGUACUGAGUUUUAUCAACUAUUACAAAUAACAGUUCACCAGAGGACAUCAUGGGGGAGCUAAAGACGGAAAAUGACUCAAAUUGAAGUAUUUAAAUCCAUUUUUCAAUUUUGUAGUGCUUUUAUACAAUACUGUCACAUCCAGAAGUCUCUGCAAUACCGGAGUGAUGCAAUCUAAAUCACUUGUUCACAGUGCCUUGAAAUGGUAAGGUCUGUCGAUUCAUCAAUGGUGUAUUAGAAGCAAUUGAAAGUAGUUUUGAAAAAUAGUAUUAGUACAUUUUGCAAAAAUAUAUAUACAUUUUUUACAAUUUUCAUUCUUUUCAAACCAUGUAAUCGUGAAAAUCACGCAAUUCAUGAAUAUUAUGCAAUCCUAAGUUAUGAUUCACAUCAUAAAUUGUAGAUUCAGGUUGUUUCUGCAUUUUUUUUGAAUGAAGAUUUAAGUUUUUUUUUAAGUUAAAGGAAAUAUAUUUAUAAAUACUCUGAAUAUUGAUUGGUUUGUUAUCGAGUAUUUCUUUAAAUAUUGAUUGAAUGUAUAAUUAAAACAAAAAAAUCAAAAUUUAAACCAUUUUAGAGCUAUUCCUGGAACUGUACGUUCAGAGUGACAACGCAUUUCAAUAUGUCUCUUUGUAAACAAUGUCAAAGUUUUACCUGUCAGUGGGUGAAAUUGUUGUAAAAGGAGAAAUGCUAGACGUAAAGCACCUGGCCAUAAAACCAAUCCUCUCUAAUAGCACUUUCUGAAAAAAAUACAAUAUCUCUUACCUCUGUCAAAUGCGAUUCUGAAGCGGACAGCUUUCAUACCUGCUAAUAAUCAGCAUGUCAUUAGCAAUCAUUGCAAAUAUAUUAAUGAUGUAAUGUAACCUUUGGCCGACUGCCCCAAAACUUCAAUUCUUUUAUGACUUGGUGAGUAUUCAAUUUUCACUUAUUAUAAAAGAUCCUAGUAAGUAUAAAUAAAACACAAUUUAAAUUUGAAAUAUAUAGAAAAUGUAUAUAUCAAAAUACUGUCAAUUUAAGAAAGGGAAGAGAUUGGAAAUUGAAAAAAAUCUUCAAGAUUCCUUCAAAUAAUUUUUGUGAGUGAAUAAUUUAUUCAAUAUACCUCCCAAGAUAUUUUACUUAUGUGAGAUGGUAGAUUAAUAUCUGCAAUAAAUCACAAAAUGAUUUCCUAUCUACAGUCCCUAUAUCUACAUACAGAUUCAUGUUAAUUAGACUGUAGUGGUCCCUGAGAAUGACAUGGUGCAAUGUAUAACCCCUAAUAUUGCACAUGAAUUUAUAUAGUUAGAGCCAUAAAGGGAGGUAAUAAAAAUAAUAGAUUCAAUAAAACGUUCUAGUAUAUUCAGCAAUAUUCAAACCUUUGACAAAUGUUAAAGUAAGAAAUUUGAAUCAGUUCAACUAAUCUUGUUGCCGGUCAGUUUGGGGUGACUAUUGACACGUGGUACUAAUCGCCCUUCGUGAUGAUAUAUGGUUAUAUAACCUCGGAAUCGCAUUUUAUAAGUCUGUUGAGAUGAGCCUAGAGAGACAAUGGUUUUCUGAGAAAAUAUCUUUGUCGGUAUGAAGAAAGAAAUUAAUAUUAUUACAGAUAAGUUGAUCUCAACAGACUUUGUAAGUCUAGAGAAAUGUCUGCAUUUUCACUUUUACGUCCUGUAGAAAGCAAAGGACUUGCAACUUCAAACAUCCAUAAUAAUAUAUUACGACUAAAACUAUCUUAAGUAAGGGGGUAUGAAAUUGACUUUUUUUGGGAGUAAAUUUCAUCUAAUCAGGACCCAAAAUACUAUUUUAUAGGAUCACUGCCAAAUUCUCGAAAUUAAAUACUUACUCAUAGCUGCAACAAGUUUUUAGAACAUUCGAAGUGUUUUGGUCUAAAAUUGUGUAAAACAGCACAGGCUGCCACCUGCCAUCCAUGAAGGGAUUUUGAAAUACCUUGGCACAAAUGUUCCCCAUAAUGAGACGACGUGUCAUGCGCAAGACCUAGACCUCUACCUCCAAGGUCAAGGACAAACUAGAGGUCAAAGGUUAACAGGGUCUGUUUCUUGUCCGGCCCAUAAUUCUGCCAUUCAUCAAGGGAUUUUUUAAUUACUUGGCAUAAAUUUUCCCUAUAAUACGUUGAUGUGUCAUGCAGAUUACCAAGAUCCCUAGCUGCAAGGUCAAGGCCACACUUAGAGGAUAAACGUCAACAUGGUCUUUUUCUUGUCCGGUUAAUAACUCUGCCAUUCAUCAAGGAAUUUUAAAAUUACUUGUCACAAAUGUUCACUAUAAUAAGUUAAUAUGCACGCGCAAGACCUAGAGCCCUAGUUCCAAGGUAAGGUCACACUCAAAGGUCAAAUGUUAACAGGGUCUGAUUCUUAUCCGGUCCAUAACUCUACCAUUCAUCAAGAGAUUUUAAAAUUACUUGGCACAAAUGUUCCCAUAAUAAGUUGAUGUGUCACACAUAGGACCCGAAACCCUAGCUCCUAGGUCAAAGUCACACUUAGAGGUCAACUGUUAGCAUGUGCUGUUUCUUGUCCGGCCCAUAACUCUUCCAUUCAUCAAGGAAUUUUAAGAUCACUAGGCGCAAAUAUCUCCAUAAUGAAACAAUUUGUCAUUUGUAAGAAUCAAGCCCAUGUCUCAGAGGUCAAGGUCUUUCUUAGAGGUCAAAGAUAAUAGGUAAUUUCUGUACUAGUCAGUAAAUUUACUUUGCGUGGAUGGAUCUUUACGUAACUAAAAAUCAUCAUAACAAAUUGAUUUGUUUCACGUAAGUCUCAGACCUCUUACUUAAGGUCAGUGUCACCUUUGGAGAUUUUGGUAUAUUUUUGUCCGGUCUGUAACUUUUUAUGCAUGAGUGUGUCUUUAAUUAACUUGACAAUUAUAAAUAUUCACCAUUUAAAGACAUUGAUGCAUGAGCAAAUGUCAAGGUCACGGGCACCAAAGUUAACUUUCUUGUUUUGAUUGUACAUGAAAUUACUUCCCUUUUAUAUGAUAAAGUGCAGUAUAUGUGUUUUUAUUUCAAUUUUCUCACUAAUUCAAAAAUGAAAAUAUGUUUGAAGUAAGAUGAUUGGUAUUGAUAGAUAUAAAAAAAAACUAUUAACAUCUGUAGACUUUCAGAAUGCAAAGCCAGGCACAAGUUAGAUCUUUAUGGUAUAUAUGGUAAAUACAGCAUUAUUAUAUACAGCAUUAUUAUGGCUGCAAUACAUUAGGUUGAUAUUUAGUGCAGCAGUGCAUUGACCAACACUAGAAUUAACUUUUUUCUGGUGUAUAAUUGAAAGUUUCUCUUGUACC